ACUGCUUGAGAUGACCCAUAUGUCCUCGUCAGGUCUCUUCUCUCUCAGGGGACAGAAGAAAGGCAAACCAAGACCAAAUUUCUCUACAAGUGGCUCUGAGGAGAACCUCUUACUCUAAACUUAGAAGCAGAGGGAUUUCGUGUGUGUGUGUGCUGUGUACACCAUUCACUGAAGCCCUACUAUGUGCUAGGACCAACACUGUCAACAUUAAGCUUCACAACCCUGUGUCGUCGAUGCCAUUCCAGUUUCCCAGAUGAAUCUUGGGAAAUAUAGGAGAUAUGUUGAAAGUCACAGAGUUGCGUUAGAGUUGGAGCCCAGGUUUAGCUGUAUUCAAAGGCUAGUUCGCUUACUAUUCCUUCCUCUACUCUAGUUUUCAAUUUUGCAGCUAUAAGAAAGGACUCUUGAGCCUCCUUGGGCAGAAAGAAUAACGGAACCCUGCAGCUACAAUACUUUCUUCAGUCCAGAACUAGAGAGUGAGAGCUUUGUUUCCCGACGGAAGUGGAGGGAAAAAAAACCCGCGAGACCCGGAAGUUGUGCGUCGCAUCCUCGCGCCGGCCUCCCUGGCCGCCGGGUGAGGCUGCGGCGGACUGCCCUUUCUCAAAAUGGCGUCGAAGAUGGGUUCGCGACGGUGGAUGUUGCAGCUGAUCAUGCAGUUGGGUUCUGUGUUGCUCACACGCUGCCCCUUCUGGGGCUGCUUCAGCCAGCUCAUGCUGUAUGCUGAGAGGGCCGAGGCGCGCCGGAAGCCCGACAUCCCAGUACCCUACCUGUACUUCGACAUGGGGGCGGCCGUGCUGUGCGCUAGCUUCAUGUCCUUUGGAGUGAAGCGGCGCUGGUUCGCUCUGGGGGCCGCACUCCAGCUUGCCAUUAGCACCUAUGCCGCCUACGUCGGGGGCUACGUCCACUACGGGGACUGGCUGAAGGUCCGUAUGUACUCACGCACAGUUGCCAUCAUCGGUGGCUUUCUUGUGCUGGCCAGCGGUGCUGGGGAGCUGUACCGUCGGAAACCCCGCAGCCGUUCCCUCCAGUCCACCGGCCAGGUCUUCCUGGGCAUCUACCUCGUCUGUGUGGCCUACUCGCUGCAGCACAGCAAGGAGGACCGGCUGGCGUAUCUGAACCAUCUCCCUGGCGGGGAGCUGAUGGUCCAGCUCUUCUUCGUGCUCUAUGGCGUCCUGGCCCUGGCCUUCCUGUCGGGCUACUACGUGACCCUGGCUGCCCAGAUCUUGGCUGUCCUGCUGCCCCCGGUCAUGCUGCUCAUUGACGGCAAUGUGGCCUAUUGGCACAACACACGACGCGUUGAGUUCUGGAACCAGAUGAAGCUCCUUGGAGAGAGUGUGGGCAUCUUCGGGGCCGCUGUCAUCUUGGCCACUGACGGCUGAGUUGCGCAGCGGGAGUCUGAGAAUGGGUGCAGGGAGCCACUGAAGGCCACCCUCCAUCCCUCCUUGCUGGCCCAGUUAUGUUUAUUUAUGCUUUUUGGUCUGUUUGUUUGAUCCUUUGUGUUAUGUGCAUGUGUGUGUAUGUUGGUAAGAGGCAGGUCUCUUCCCCAGUUCCUGGGCUCAGGCCUUGGUGGGGUGGGAGCCCUGAUGACUCUGCCCUACGGGUUUCUUUUUCCUGUUUGUUCUGAGGAGAGCUGAGGCCAGCUGUUCUCCUGGGUCUCCUGUCCCAGGAAACGGAGUAAGGCAGGGCUAUGGGGGUGGGGGGUGAGGGCAGGGGACACUGAGAGUGGGAGACAGAGGGAGGAAGACCAAGAAUCAGAAGUGAGCCGGUGUGAAAGAUCCCGCUUUGAGCCUGGCAGAUGCAGCUAGGCUCUGCAGUGCUUUUCUGAGACUGAGACCGAGUGUGUGUAUUGACACAUGGAUCAGGCCCAGGUGGAGUAGAGGGGCCGGGCACUGCAGAAGUUGUGGGCUCUCAGGGUGUGCCAGGAGCAGACACGGCACUAGCUGUCACCCACCUCGAGGGCAGAGCAGGCCCCAGUCUACUCUGGAGUGUGCAGGGGUGGGGCAGGCAGUGGCCAGCUUCCUGCCUCUGGCCUUCUGUUUCCAGCUGUGUGGUUGGCCUGCUGUGGGUGAGUGCCCUCCCAAACACCAGACCACACAGUCCUCCAAAAUUAAACAUUUUAUAUAGA